CGGGCGUGGUCGGUGUCGAACGCGCUCUCAAAUGGGGUCGUCGGCCAGCGCCCCGUCGGACGACGCCUAUACCGAUGAUGGUACCUGCAUUCCCCGCGCGCACGCCCGCGCGCGUCGCGGCGCCGGCGGAGUAGGUGCAGUCUAUCGAUCGUCCGUCGCUCGCGCGUGCCAACGGGAGUCAGCGGUCGGUAGGAUGGUGAUCAUCGCGACAACGUGGUGAGGAUUCGAAGGUUCAGUUUAGGCAUAAGGCUGCCACUUCUGUCUUUCCCGAGCACUUGCAGGCUGUGUCGUUAGCGGGGCUCUUGAUGAAGGAGCCGAAUAACAAUCGGGCAAUGUGCUG